ACGAUCAAGCUAGUAGCAGCGUGUUCCUCCACUUCUGAAAAUUUCCACUAGUUUCCUCGAUCUGUAAGGGAGGCUAUUAUCAGUUACGAGUCAGUGUGCCUUCAACAUUUGUCCGGCAUUCAGUGCUCGCGUGUAUUAGUCAAGGAAUCUAUUAGUAUUGUCGCCUAGGGUACUCAAAUUCAGUUAAUAUGAAACUUAAAAUCAGUAUACUCAGCCUUUUUUUCAUCCUGUGUAUCCUAGCAGAAAGGAGCAGCGCUGGACCAUAUUUUGACGAUGAUAUUGAUGCAUUGCCACUCGACGAUGGUGACUACUCGGAAAAUAACGCAGUGGGUCCCCUGCGCGGCUCGCAACAAAAACGCUCGUACAUAUAUCUGUAUAGACGUAGCUGCAUUCGCCGAGAUGGAAACUGCGACCACAGACCCAAUGACUGCUGCUACAGCUCCUCAUGUCGAUGCAACCUCUGGGGCAGCAAUUGCCGAUGUCAACGUAUGGGACUCUUCCAGAAAUGGGGAUAAAUUUUUAUUCUCGGUGCAUAUGCUUUUGAAGUGUCCAGGCUCAUGUGCUUCUGUACUCCUCAAAUAGCUAUUCUUUACUCGCUCUUCCCGUCUAUUUAUCUGUAAAUUCUGAAAUCCUCCAUCUACAUUCCCCCUCAAACAUAUCUUUCAAGAUGAAAUUUGCUCGAGUGUUCUGAGUACCUUAUUCCUUCGAGGUUUUCCUUCCUUCCUCCAUCUCCAUUAACCUCUUCCCAUACUAUCAGAGUAUAUCACCAACUGUUUGUAUUCACAAACAGGGUCUCCGGAAUUCUUCAGUAAACACCACUUAGUCUUUAAAUCUCCCUGGAAAUUGUACCGUAAAAUGUUUAUGAAGCAUUGAUGUUCAAUGGAAUAAACGGAUUAAAAGCGAAUCCUUAUACAACAUGUCUGUGAAACUAGUCUCCCAAAAAUUCUAUAGAGAGAAAAAUAUAAUUUUGCAAAUUGAAUGUUCUUCGGACAAAAUUUUAAAGCGUAUUUUCCAAUGAAAAUUUUAGGCAUUUGUUUGCCCCAAACAAAUAUGAUUGAUGAAGUUAUAUUUCUCUCUCAGUAUAAUGUCGCAGAAUUGUCAUUGCAGAAGGAAGAAGGGCAUACAAAAAUAAAGGGAAAAAUGAUUAAAACGACCAGUAGAGACGAAUUUCAGAGAGCUUGAAUAAAAAGAAUAUAAAUUUCGAUAUAAAUGUUUUUACUCAGAAAAAAACUAAGUGGCAGUCGUUUCUCUCACUCGAGGUUCAUUAUUCCCUUCGGUCAGAUCUCAAGGGUGUUGUGUGCAGAAAUUUUGUGUGAUCGCCUGAAUAAACAGUAUCUGAGUUCUCUCGAUUUUCACGAACGGUAGAGAAACGCUUGAGAAAAUUGAUGAAUAGUAAGGGGUGGGUAAGGGAGACAACGAGGACCGAGAAGGGAUGAAAAUAAAGUGAAGUAAAAAAUGACAACAUAGAGGAUGAUAAAGAGCACUGGUUUCCACACAUCAGCUAAAUUCGCACCUUUCCUUUGUAAUUCCAACUGUCCCUCCCAUUUGUUCUCAUAAUUAUUACUUAUUGUACUUAUUACCUGUUGUACUGAAUAUUCAAUGGAGACUUGGAUUCUGGAAGAUGGAAGUGAAGUGGAAAAUUGAAAAAUGUUUAUCAUGCAAUGAACAAGGUAUUCCGAUUGAAAAUAUCUCCACAGCCACUUCUUCGAUGACCUGGCUGUGUUUCAAUAUCUUAAUUAUUGUUCAAAAUAAACAAGAAGCUAUCAAUGUCAACAAUAUAAUGAGGAAAAUACAAUUAUUAUCAGGAGAUAUAAAAUUCAGUUAUCUCGAGGCAUGUCCGUCAUUUAUGGGUUUAUUGGAUUAAAUGCUUGGAAGAAUAUGGCCUAAUGUGGUUUUAUUUUGCAUUCCAAAUCGAAAAUGAACUGAAAAUAAUACGAACAAUAACGAAGUGCUUUAUCUGUGGUAUAAAGCAUGGUGUAGGCAUAUAUGUGAAUCAGUACGUACAUAAAUGUAUUAAAUUAUUGGAUGAGAAUUAAAUAUGCAAGAAAAUCCUGGAUACUAGAAUAAUUGAAAGGAGAAGAAUGGAAAACUAUCAAUAUACCUCUGCGGCAUCGUACACUAUGAACGCAAUAUAUAAAUAAAUUGAAAAUCUAUAUUGUACUAUGAUAAAUGUUAAACAUUGUAUUCGAGAUGAAUGUACGUAAGAAUAUACAGAUAUACAAACGAA